UUGCGCGGGCCGUGGUUGCCCCGCCCGUGGGGGCUGGCUCGGGGAGGGGCGUCCCCCGCAGGCCCCGGGCCCGUUCUCGAGGCCUGUGGGGCGCGCGCCCGGUUGGGGGCUCUGGGCGCAGAGCGCUGUGGUUCCCUGGGCAGAGUGGAAUCCGGUCCCGGCACGGAUGGGGAAAGUUCUGAGUAAAGUUGGAUAAGCGGACGGAGCUGGUCAACAUGCCGCGGUCCAGACGUCGGACCAAAGGCUUGCCGCUCGGGAGAAGAAAUCUGUGUCCUGGACGAGAGUGAAUUAUGGAAAUGGGAAGUGAAGAAGAAAAAUGGGAGAAGCUGGAUGCGGAAUUUGAUCACUUUGUGGUAGAUAUGAAGCCGUUUGUUCUAAAAUUACCCCAUAGGUCAGAACGGCAGAGGUGUGCACUUUGGAUUAGAAAGCUGUGUGAGCCUUCAGGAACAGGUGCGGGAAUCAUGGGCAGGAAGAAUCGGAACUUGUAUGCAAAACUCUUAUUGCACAUGCUUGAACGGGGCGUGCUCGAAGGCCCGUUUACACACCGACCCGAACCGGGAACGCUAAAAACUUUACCUUCAUAUAUGUCCAUCUAUUUUGAUGAACCAAAUCCAACACGAGCAAAAGAUUCAAGCCCGGAAGGAUUACCAGACUGGGUAGUGGGUGAGCUGGGGACAAGUGGACACAAAUUAAAUGAAUCAUGGAAGCUGGCUUCUGGAGAAGAUUACUCUUUGUUGCAGUUACCAACUGAUGUCCCCAGGGAACAGUACACUGCAAAGCUCCAAACAAGAUCCCUUUCUAUGAGCCCAACCUACAGAGAAGAUGGACAAAAUACCACCCCAGAGAGUUCUGAAAUUCAUCCGAAAAAAUCUGCUCUUUGUUUGGAUGACAGCAACAUUGAAGCUCGCCUUAAUAGUUGGAAUCUUGGGAUAGAAAAUCCUCGGUACCUGAGACAGAAGCCUAUCCCAAUUUCUCUGAUGACUCCCAAAUUCAGCCUGGGGAAAUCCGGCAGUCUCCAUGAUGAUCAUUUACUCUCUCGAAUGCAUGAGAAAGAGUUGGACAUGAAAACAAAAAUGAUGGAAGCUAAAUAUCAUGAGGAGAAGCUUAAACUGCAACAGAAGCAUGAUGCUGAUGUUCAGAAGAUUUUAGAGAGAAAGAAUAAUGAAAUAGAAGAAUUGAAAACUUUGUACAAGAAGAAACAAAAUGAAAUGGAGGAGACUAUUAGAAAACUUGAAAAGAAAGUUCAGACCCUUAUACGUGACUGUCAAGUUAUCAGAGAGACUAAAGAAAACCAGAUUGCAGAGCUCAAAAAGAUAUGUGAACAAAGUACAGAAUCUCUGAAUAAUGAUUGGGAAAAAAAGCUCCACAAUGCUGUAGCAGAAAUGGAAAAGGAGAAGUUUGAUCUUCAAAAGCGGCACACUGAAAAUAUUCAGGAAUUGCUUGAGGACACAAAUGUCCGUCUGAAUAAAAUGGAGGGUGAAUACAUGGCACAAACACAGUCCACAAACCAGAUGGUCAAGGAACUGGAGUCCCGCGUCCAGCAGCUGACAGGAGAAGCAGAGAACAGUAAUUUACAGAAGCAGAAGUUAAUCCAAGAAAAACUGGAACUUGAGAGAUGUUACCAGAUAACAUGUAGUGAAUUACAAGAAGUAAAGGCAAGGCGCAACACACUGCAUAAAGAGAAAGAUCACCUUGUAAAUGAUUAUGAACAAAACAUGAAACUAUUACAAACCAAAUGUGAUGCUGAUAUAAACCUUCUGAGAAAGGAACAUGCGCUUUCCGUUUCUAAGGCAUCUGAUAUGAUUAAAGAAUUAGAACAGAAAAUCUGUCAAUUGAAACAGCAGUUACAGGAAUCAGAACUUCAAAGAAAGCAGCAACUAAGGGAUCAAGAAAAUAAGUUUCAGACGGAGAAAAGUCAUUUAAAACGCACCUAUGAGAAAAAGAUUCAUGACUUGCAGAGUGAACUAGAUAAAGAAAAAGAAGAUGCUCAAAAGAAAAUCCAAAAAUUGGAGGAAGCUUUGAAGGAAAAGGAGGAGCAGCUCGCGCGUGUGACUGAAGUGCAGAGGCUGCAGGCCCAGCAGGCGGAUGCUGCUCUAGAAGAGUUUAAGCGGCAGGUGGAGCUGAACUCGGAGAAGGUCUAUGCCGACAUGAAAGAGCAGAUGGAAAGAGUGGAAGCAGAUCUAACUAGAUCCAAGUCUCUUCGUGAGAAACAAUCAAAGGAGUUUUUAUGGCAGCUGGAAGAUGUCAAACAACGAUAUGAACAGCAGAUAGUGGAGCUGAAGCUGGAGCAUGAACAGGAGAAGACGCACCUAUUACAGCAGCGUAACGCAGAGAAGGAUAGCCUAGUCCGAGACCAUGGACGGGAAAUUGAAAACCUGGAAAAACAGCUUCGCGCUGCCAAUAUGGAGCACGAAAAUCAAAUUCAAGAGUUCAAGAAACGAGAUUCACAGGUUAUUGCUGACAUGGAGGCCCAAGUGCACAGGUUGAGAGAAGAGCUGAUUAAUGUGAACUCACAGAGGAAACAGCAGCUGGUAGAGCUUGGUCUUCUUCGUGAAGAGGAGAAACAAAGGGCUGCAAGGGACCACGAGACUGCUGUCAGCAAGCUGAAGGCUGAAUCAGAGAAAAUGAAAAUAGAGCUGAAAAAGGCUCAUGCUGCGGAGACAGAGAUGACGUUGGAAAAGGCCAACUGCAGGCUGAAGCAGAUUGAGAAGGAGUAUACUCAGAAGCUUGCCAAAUCUUCGCAGAUCAUAGCAGAACUUCAGACAACCAUUUCCUCUCUGAAAGAGGAGAACAGCCGGCAGCAGCUUGCUGCAGAAAGGCGGCUCCAGGAUGUUAUACAGAAGUUUGAAGAUGAGAAGAAGCAGCUGAUUAGAGAUAAUGACCGAGCAAUCAAGGCUUUACAAGAUGAACUAGAAAACCGCUCUAAUCAAGUGCGAUGUGCAGAGAAAAAACUACAGCACAAGGAGCUGGAGUCCCAGGAACAGAUAACUUACAUACGACAGGAAUAUGAAACAAAAUUCAAAGGAUUGAUGCCAGCGUCUCUAAGACAAGAACUUGAAGACACUAUUUCCUCCCUGAAGUCACAGGUUAACUUUCUGCAGAAGAGAGCAUCCAUCCUUCAGGAAGAACUGACUGCUUACCAAGGCAGAAGGUAACUGCGUGGAGACUUACCUGAGGAACACGAGAGUGCAAUGGCUUGAGCUGCCUGGGCUGCGCUGUGGACUUCUUCCAGCAGGUUUGCAGAUUUGGAUAUUGUAAAGUAAACUGUGAGAUCAGUGGCUUUCUUUUUAAUGCUUAAAUGUAAUUAAGAUCAUAAAAACAUACAUCAUUCAUAUGCUAAUGGGGUGGUUUUAUUUGUGUCUGACUAAGUUAUUUUUUUUAACCUUCCUUUAUUUCUGAUUUCCAUAUUUGUGUGCAUUUGAGUGUGUACUGAGAAUUGCUUAUAUUGGGAAAAGAAAUGAUUUCUUAUGAUAUGCCUGGUUAAUGCUUUAGCAUAGAAUUUUACCAGUCGCGUAUGAUCAAAAUCACGUUUGUAGUAUCAUAUCAAAAUUUUAACAUGUUUACAUUGUUUUCAUGUUCAUGUUCAUAU